GCCAAAAUCAAGGAGACAUACAGAUUAUGCCAUCGCAACUCUGCCUUUUAGAGCAUGAGGACCUAGGGAUAAUAUAAAUGGCAUGGGCAUAGACGCAAAGCCUCAUCCUACAUACAGAAACCUCUUCUUGUAAGCAGGAAUUGUAUUUUCCUCAGUCACUUUAGAUGGGAGAUCUGUACCAAGGAGGAGCAGCAGCCUCUCCCCGAGUGUAGCAGCUCUUCAAAACGCAAAGGGAUUAGAUCUGAGAAAGAGCAGGUGUGGUACUUUCUAAUGCCCUUUUGCAGGGGGUGAGGCUAUUUCUAACGGGGAAAUUAUUAGAAUUGUCAAUAAAUUGAGGGACACUUCUGAUAGUAAGUGGUGAAGACGGAAAAACAACUGCAAACUGUGACACUCAGGAGCUCUCGCGCAAACAUAUCACUGGAUUCUACAUUGAUACCUCAAGAAAAAUGUCAUCACAGACUAAGGUUAAGAAGGACAAGGAGAUAAUUGCGGAGUAUGAAACGCAAGUGAAAGAGAUCCGGAAUCAGCUGGUCGAGCAGUUUAAGUGUCUGGAGCAGCAGUCAGAUGCUCGGAUACAGUUGCUGCAGGACCUUCAAGAGUUUUUCCGACGCAAGGCAGAGAUUCAGCUGGAGUAUUCUCGCAGUCUGGAGAAACUGGCCGAGAGGUUCUCAUCAAAGAUUCGCGGCCCAAGGAAAGAACAGCACCUUCUGUCUUCAGUAAACUGCUGGUAUCUGGUUUUAAAUCAGACUCGAAGAGAAAGCAGAGAUCAUGCAACACUUAACGACAUCUACGUGAACAAUGUCAUCGUUCGCCUGGCUCAGAUCAGCGACGACAUCAUUCGGCUCUUCAAAAAGAGUAAAGAAAUUGGCAUUCAGAUGCACGAGGAGCUAGUCAAAGUGACAAACGAACUGUACACUGUGAUGAAAACGUAUCACAUGUACCACACCGAAAGCAUCAGUGCUGAGUGCAAGCUUAAGGAAGCCGAGAAACAAGAGGAGAAGCAGUUCAGUAAGUCUGGAGACCUCAAUGUCAACCUCCUACGCCAUGAAGACCGACCCCAGCGCCGCAGCUCAGUAAGGAAGAUUGAGAAGAUGAAGGAGAAGAGGCAAGCCAAGUACUCUGAGAACAAACUGAAAUGCACGAAAGCCCGCAACGACUAUUUAUUGAACCUGGCAGCUACCAACGCAGUCGUGGCAAAAUAUUACAUCCACGAUGUUUCGGAUAUGAUUGAUUGCUGUGACCUUGGUUACCACGCUAGCUUGGCCCGCACAUUUAGGACAUACCUAUCUGCGGAGUAUAACCUGGAGACCUCUCGGCAUGAAGGUUUGGACAUCAUUGAGAAUGCAGUGGACAACCUGGACCCCCGUAGUGACAAGCACAAGAUCAUGGACAUGUACAAUCAGGUCUUCUGCCCGCCCAUGCGCUUUGAGUUUCUGCCACACAUGGGAGAUGAGGUGUGUCAGGUGAGUGCCCAGCAACCAGUGCAGACAGAACUUCUGAUGCGUUACCAUCAGCUGCAGUCCCGUCUUGCCACGCUCAAGAUUGAGAACGAGGAGGUACGCAAGACCCUGGAUGCCACCAUGCAGACCUUGCAAGACAUGCUGACAGUGGAGGACUUUGAUGUGUCAGAUGCCUUCCAGCACAGCCGAUCCACUGAGUCCAUUAAAUCUGUGGCUUCCGAGAGCUAUAUGAGCAAGUUAAACAUUGCGAAGAGGAGAGCCAAUCAGCAGGAGACGGAAGUCUUCUACUUUACUAAAUUCAAGGAGUACCUGAACGGCAGUAACCUCAUCAUUAAGCUGCAGGCCAAGCAUGAUUUGCUGAAGCAGACUCUGGGGGAAGGAGAAAGAGCCGAAUGUGGAACUACAAGACCCCCAACCCUUCCCCCGAAACCACAGAAAUUGCGGAAACCAAGACCUCGCUCCAUCUAUACCCAUAAGCUGUUUAAUGGCAAUAUGGAGAGUUUCAUUAAGGAUUCAGGUCAACCCAUUCCUCUGGUUGUGGAGAGCUGUGUUCGAUACAUAAAUCUAUAUGGGCUGCAGCAACAAGGCAUAUUCCGAGUUCCUGGAUCUCAGGUGGAAGUCAACGAUAUAAAGAAUUCAUUCGAGAGAGGUGAGGACCCACUGGUUGAUGAUCAGAGUGAUCAUGACAUUAACUCAGUGGCAGGUGUUCUGAAGCUAUAUUUCAGAGGGCUGGAGAACCCUUUGUUCCCCAAGGAACGCUUCCUGGAUCUGAUCUCCACCAUCAAGCUUGAAUCAUCUGCAGAAAGAGCCCACCACGUACAGCAGAUAAUCGUCACCCUUCCUCGCACCAUCAUCAUCGUCUUGAGAUACCUGUUUGCAUUUCUCAAUCACUUGUCCCAGUACAGUGAUGAGAAUAUGAUGGACCCAUAUAACCUGGCCAUCUGUUUUGGACCCACUCUGAUGCCCAUCCCUGAUGGUCAAGACCCCGUAGCCUGCCAGGCUCAUGUUAAUGAGGUUAUCAAGACCAUCAUCAUGCACAAUGAGGUCAUCUUCCCCAGCCCUCGUGAGCUGGAUGGCCCUGUGUAUGAGAAAUGCAUGACUGGAGGAGAGGAGUACUGUGACAGCCCUCACAGUGAACCAGGCACCAUUGAUGAAGCAGACAACGGCACCGAGCCACACACUAGCGAUGACGAGGUGGAGCAGAUUGAAGCCAUCGCAAAGUUUGACUACGUGGGUCGGACACCUCGAGAGCUGUCCUUUAAAAAAGGAGCGUCCCUUUUGCUGUAUCACCGUGCAUCUGAAGACUGGUGGGAGGGCAGACACAAUGGUGUGGAUGGGCUCAUACCUCACCAGUACAUAGUAGUACAAGACCUGGAUGAUGCAUUCUCUGAUAGUCUGAGUCAGAAGGCAGAUAGUGAGGCCAGCAGUGGACCUUUACUGGACGAUAAAGCCUCAUCUAAAAAUGAUCUUCACUCUCCAUGUGAACCCUCACCUGAUUACAAGUUCAGCGGGGUCAUGGGCAGGGUUAGGUUGCGUUCUGACGGGUCUGCUGUCCCUCGGCGCCGCAGUGGCACCGAUUCUCACAGUCCUCCCCACGACACGCCACCGCGGGCCGCCGCUUACCCCAGCAGCCCCCAUAAGGUGGCAGUCAGUAGAGGCCACAUUGAAAGCCCUGAGAAGAGACGUUUGGGAACAUUUGGCAGUGCGGGCAGCAUUAACUACCCUGAAAGAAAGAUCUAUCCCGAGGGUCACCCACUCAGGCCUGUCCCAGGAGCAACGAGACAUAGCAGCCUUGGAGAUCACAAGUCCUUAGAAGCUGAAGCCUUAGCAGAGGAUAUUGAGAAGACGAUGAACACUGCACUUCAUGAGCUCCGUGAAUUGGAACGCCAAAACACGGCCAAACAGGCACCCGAUGUUGUUCUGGAUACCCUAGAACCGCUCAAGAACCCUGUAAGCUCUGAGCCUGCAAGCCCUUUGCACACCAUCAUGAUUCGAGAUCCAGAGGCGGCUCUGAGACGCAGCAGCAGCUCCACCUCCGAGAUGAUGACAACCUUUAAACCGGCGCUGUCCGCCAGGCUAGCCGGUGCCCAGCUCAGACCUCCACCAAUGAGACCUCUCCGUCCCCCACCUACCCAACACCGCUCAAGCAGCUCCAGCUCCUCUGGGGUGGGAAGCCCUGCAGUCACCCCGACCGAGAAGAUCUUUCCAAACAAUGCAAGUAAUGUUACAGCCGCCUCUGCCAACUCAGGCGAGAAACCAGAAACCAUGUAGCACCACCAGGCCCGUAGUGUGGUGGUAGCUACCUGCACCGGUGAGGGAUAGCCAAGGCAAUAUGCUCGUGCCCAGGCCAGGAUUUAUAUUAUCAGAAAACAAUUGUGCUCCCAAUUUGUAGUCUUUUUUGUUUUCUUUUUCUGUUUUGAGCCUUGAAAAUUCUGGAAAUGCACACAGGUCGGAGCCAUUACCUGGUAGUGAGCACAUGUGCUCAGACACAAUGAGCCAUGGUGUGGGUGACUCAGGUUUCUGUCUGGGUCAGGUCAUAUUGUUUUCCCCCAUCAUUUAGUAUAUUAUCUUUAUUUUCUGUCAAUAAUAGUGGCAAAAAGCCUGAAAUAGAAUAGAAUAAAAAGGGUUAUCAGGGUGCAAUGGAAUGGACAUUAUGAUGAAGUUAACAUCAUAAGUUAAUAGAUGUAUUAUUUGGAGUGUAUGGAGUGUUGGUAAGAAAAUUCAGACAAAAAAUGCCUCAACACAUCUCCUGUUAUGAUUUUAUUAAAAUUUUACCUCAGAAUUAAUGAUACGUUUUUAAGACUUAACUUUUUAGCUUGAGCAAGAUACAAUGUAUUUCUCCUUGCACUGGUUGACCAGAAGAGUUCUUUUAUUUAGGAGGGAAUAAUUUCCCUUUUUCUCAUUGGAGGACUAAGAUAGUCCCUCUCUCAAGAACUGGACUGUAUAUAUACUGUUAUAGAAUUAAACUGUUACUCAAAGACUGUCUAACCUGGUCAGCGUACCCGUGAGCUGUUGUAAAUAGAGAUAUACUGUACUUGAACUUGUAAUGCCUUUUGUUUGUAGAAUAAGCGAUAUACAUCUAAGUAACAAAAUAGCCAAGCUGUUAACAUAUAUGAGAUGCAGAAAAAACAAUAUACCAAUUAAUUUUAAGAAACCUGUGGUUAAAAAAAACUUUUUAGUUUUACUUGUAUAUAAUUUGGGUAGAUUCUUUUUUUAUGUGUCAAUCUUGUACAGCCGAGGACAGAACAGGCAGAGAGACUAGAAAGGCUUUUAUCAAAAAAAAGAAAACAAAAAAAAAAAACGUUUACCACUAAUAAGCAAACAAAUAAUGCAUCAAUAAGUGGAUUCCUAGUCUGAGCCAUUCAUAUUAGUUUCAGUAGCAUUUUGCUUAUUUCUUGUCUUUGAGUUUUUGUCUUUUUUGGACCACAUCAGUUAAUACAUAAAACAUUCCUUCAUGCUCAAAUAAUGCAUAGAGUAUAAAUGCAUAUACUUACUGUUAUAUACAUCAAUUACAUUCUUAUGAAGUUGUGUGGCUUUAGGCAAUGAGCUCAAUAUUAUUGGAAACAUCAAUCAAUUAGGCACAAUUUGUAUCCAACAAAAAUAUACUCUCAACUGGUAAUAUCAAUACAACUAACAUUACCAGAUGUUUCUCAAAUGAACAAAGUGUUGAUAAAAAUAGCCCCAAAAGGUCAUAUUUUACUUCAAAAUCUAAAGAAAGAACUCCAUUCCCCCAAUUCUCAUUAAUGUAAUGCAAAAAAAGAAUCGAAUUAUCAUUACUGUAAUGUAAACAAAUAGUGAUAUAUUAUUUAAAUAGUUAAGGAUUUAUAUAUCAUAUUAUUAUUUCUUGUACUGCCAACAAGUUAUGCUGAUCAUUGUAAUUCUUUACUGUAAUGAGAAUCAAAUAAGAAUCACUAUUGAGAAAACUCAAGUUAAAAGCUUUACGGUAUUGAGAGUUUGGUGGGAAAUUAUCAUUAAAUCAGUGUCACAAUGGGAAAACAUUUAUAUUGUCAAAACAAUUGGCUCCAUUGCCUUUUUGUAAAAAAAAUAUAUAUAUUUUUUUUACUUUGGAUUAUGGGUAAAAUAUGACUUAGAGAUUAUGUUAUUAAAAUGCAUACUGCAUUUCAUCUGAUGAGAAACAGAUCCCUCCCCCAAAACUGAAUAUUUGGUCGCCUUGAGAAACCAUCUCCAACCAGAGAAACUCCACUGCCCCAAAUCUGUCAAAUCAUCUCCAGUUCAUCUUCAGCGGUACCCCUCCUCCCUCAGCUGUGCUUGAGGAGGGAAUACCCAGUCGUGCUCAAAAUUCGCUCGACUGACCUACAUAUUGCCUUAAAUACACUGAGCCUGAAGCUUUAAUCCCAUCUUCUCCAAUUUUACACUUUUUGUAAUUUGUCUUCGUACUUGCCACAUCAUGUAUUCCAUUCAGAAUGACAGUAUGUGAAAGCUUGUGUUGCUAGAAAAAUGUACUGCAUAAAACAUUUGUACUAAGAAAACAGUACUGUUACCAUGCACACCAUGUUACCAUGGUAAUUUCCAAUGUGUUGGUGUGACAGUAUUUGUAGAUUUGCAUUUGAAGUAAUGCUUGAGCAGUUACAUCAUUUGUCUUAGACCUGUUUACUUUAAUCUUAUGUUUCUUGUUUGUGCCAUGCUAAUUUACUUUCGCAUUAGGAAAAUAUCUCUUCCGAGAUUCCAUGUCCUGUUUCUGCCAUCUUGAAUUACUUUUAACAAAUGGUUUACACAAUGACCGAUAAUUAGCUUCUGUCUGAAUGCCUCAGCUUAGUGGUUGCAUGGGACUAUUGUAUGCAUGCAAGACCAAGUUGCAUGUGGUUCUCUUAACCAGUCAGCACCAUCCAAUACGGCAGUUUAAAGACUGGUAGUGGUGCCUUUCUCUAGGUUUAAUGCACAAUGUCCCUAAAUGUGUUGCUGUGAGUGAGCAAAGGAAAACCAAAACUGUAGCUGCAAGAAUUAGUUUCUUUCACAAAGUGUUUGAUUCUCAUUCAAAUAUUACAACUUUAUUUUGUUCUUAGUAACAUUUACUAAUGACACUUCCCAACAGCUAUCAUGUUAACAUGUGACAUACUUAAAGACUUUUCAAUAUUAAUAAGGCACAUAUCUAUUUUUGGAUGUUUAUUUGAAUUCAGUCAUGAUACUUCUGCCUAUUUUCAAUUGAAAAGAUUAGUUAAUUAGUUUUAAGGUGAAAACAAAUUGUAGAACAUUAAAAUGCUAGGUAUAAAAGUGAGGCAUUCUGAGUCAUCCGUUGAUGUGCUGAGCUGUAGAGGGUUCCCACAGUCAUUGUAAAACCUAGAAAUAUCAGGGAAUUUCACAUUUUUCCUUUCCAAGCAAAGGUUAUGGGAGUUAAAAUGUUCUGCUGCUUGGAAACAAUGUGUAUGCUGAAAAGCGCUAUACAAAUACAAAUGACUUGACUUAAUAAAGUCAUGGAAAAAUCAUGUCAAAACUUAUCACAAAUGACUGGAAAGACAUGCAAAAGUUAUGGAAAUGUAUUGCUCAAAAGGAGUGGGAACACUGGCAAUACCAAAUACGACUUUUCACCUUUGUUUACAUAUAAGGGCUAAGAAUAACACUGCCCUCUGGUGGCCAUAAAUGGCCAACGCAUCCACACCAUCUCCCUCUGUUGGUCAGUGCAGGUAUUGAUCACUAACUGGAAUGAAGAUAAAGCAGGUAAAACUGAAAAUUAGUCUUUGGCUACUAUCAAGCUGGCAGACAGGAAGUUUUUUGGUGUUAAUGUGAAUCUGAAACCACAUUUGUCAAUGUUUUGUCAUAUGUGGUACAACAUAUCUUCUGUCUCUGUCAUUUUAUCUAAUUCCAACUCUAGCUUGCAUUAGCAGCCCUGCACCAAAGGAUCACUUAAAUCAGUGUACUUUAAGAAAAUCAUCAAACUUGGAUCUGCACACACUUGUGUUGUCUCAUGGUAUACUCAUGCUGUAACCAGUUUUGACUUGCCUUUUGGGUGUUAUAUGCAUUAUCACUCAUGAAUUUGAAUACUUGAUUAUCAACAGCAUUACACUUCUGUUCAUUUUCUCUACUGCUGGGAAAUGCAUUAAAGGGAAAGUUUAUCCAAAAGUGAACAUUUUGUCAUUUACUCACCCUCAUGUCGUUCCAAACAUGCAUGAAUUUUUUUUCAGCUGUGGAACACCAAAAUGAUGAAAAAGCACCUCAAAAGUAGUCCUGAAAACGUAUGUUCUAUAUUCCAAGUCUUCUGAAGACAUACGACAGCUUUGUGAUAGACUAAAAAUCCUUAUUCACUGAAUACCUUCCUUGACAGCUGUGGUCACCAUCCACUCUCAUUGUAUGGACAUUCUACUCUAAAUAACACAUUUUGUGUUCCAUGGAAGAAAGAAAGUCAUUUGGGCUUCAAAAGACAAAAGGGUGAGUAAAUAAGACUUUUCAUUUUUGAGUGGACUACUCCUUUAAAUUCUUAUAUAUCUGUUGUACAGCUCACUGUAUAUUAGCGCUUAUGUAAAGAGUUUUAUAAUAAAUAAUAUCAAGUGUACAGAAACUGCCAUCCACAACAUACUAUACUCAAAUCGCCAUGGUCUCUCAUCUGUUUCUAAUCUGUGUUCUGUAAUUUGUCUCUCUUCUGUUAAUCUCUCCUCUGCCAGUGACCCAAGGCUGUGCUGUGAAGCACUUUUGCUGUUAAGUUAAUAAACCUUCUAUCCGAAGCUAAUGCAUUGCAGUAUAUAAGACCUUGUUGGUCUGAUAAUAGGAUGUUGUAUGGUACUUGCACGAUUACUAAGGCACUUGGAGCAUCCCUGUACUUAAAUAGACUAUUUGAUGUUUCUGGAAGUGUGUUUUGGGAAUGUAUGCUUCAUAUGGUGUGCAUUGUACGUAUGUCACAUUGGUUUGUUUAUUGUAUGUGUGCUAAGAUAACAGAAAAUAUAGGCUUUCAACAGAAUAAAAAAGUGCUGUCUGUCUGUAGCAGUGGGUUGUGAAAACUGUUGUUUUGGGGUUUGUUCCUCCUCUGAACACUUUUGUCUAGUGAUGCUGUAAAAUGAGUGUUUGAAUGGUUGGAUUCCCCCCUGUGAUGUAAUCGUACACCAUCCCACUGUUUGGAUGUGAACCAUUCUUAAGUCCAAAUAAAUACAUUU